GCGCCGCCAACCCGCUGCCGGAGGUGGGCAAGCUGUAAGCUCGACGUAAGAGCUGUGGAAGCCUGCCCGCUGCGCAUCGACGACAUCCCACGCGACGCUUCAUCCCCCCCACGAUUAGUCUUGUCUGUCGCAUUCCAUCUUCAGUCACAAUCUGUAUACCUAGUUAGCGACAAUUCAGAGCUAUUUGAAAUGCCCAUCACCCCGCUGAUCACGUUCAAGGCCGGCGAAUGUGAGGUGGAUUCUGAUUCCACCCCGUUCAAAGUCACACCUCAGGAGACCCCUGGAUAUCUUUACCUAUACUCAGAAGAUGACUUGAUUCGCUUCUGCUGGCGAAAGCGUGACCAACCCAUCGAUAGCCCCAAGCUCGACCUUGUUAUGGUACCAACCGAUGGAACAUUUACACCUUACGAAUUUGAACGAGGCACCAAGCCUACGGCAAAAACAAAUGGCCGCAUUUUCGUCCUAAAGUUUGCCUCCUCGUCACAGCGACACCUGUUCUGGAUGCAGUCCAAGCCUCAGGCCCGCAACGGCGACCCUUCUCAGUUCAGUCCUCGCGAUCGCAAGAUUGGUGACAUUGUCAAUCGUCUAUUGCAAGGCGAGGAAGUGAAUGUUACCAGAGAGCUCGCAGCUGUCCGCAACACCUCUUCACGACGAGACGACGAUGAUGACGACGACGAAGAUGAGCAAAUGGAAGACGCCGACGCUGCUCGACGUGUGACACGUGCCCGUCACGGUAGCACCGGUGGUGCUGGUGCUGAUGCCACAGGCGGCGAUGUUAGAGAAGAAGGGGAGGACUCCAGAGAAGGAGGUGCCGAUGGAGCUCGAGCUGCUGGAUCCUCUGCAACCGAUGCCGAUUCCGCCGUCCGCAAUUUUCUAGCUUCUCUUGGAGGACAAAAGGGCUUAGCUGCUGGUGGACAACAAGGUGCGGAUAUGCCCUAUCCUUACCUGAACCACCUGCUUCCAACAUCAAUCACAGUACCGAUGGUGGAUGCCGCAACCCCAGAGUAUAUCGACUCCCUUCUCAACUAUAUCCCAUCUUCUAUCAUUCUCUUGGCUGCAAAUGGCGAAGCAGAUGAAUCUGGAUCCGAGCCCGAUCCAGCUGAAGUGGAGGAAGCGAAAGAGAACAUGCCUAUUGACCGUAAACGCGGUCUGAUAAAGAAGGUUCUACGCAGCCCUCAGUUCAGCCAAGGUCUCGGGACAUUGACGAUGGCCCUACGGGACGGUGGACUCCCAAGUGUUGCUGGCGCCUUGGGCGUCGAAGUAGAGAAUGGAGGUUAUAUACGACAAGGUGGCAUGCCUCUGGGAGGCGGACAAGCAGUUCAGGCUUUUGUUGAAGCUGUCACAAAGACAGCAAAGGAGUAUAUGAAGCAGAGCAAAAAAUAGACUACGCACGCAUUACGAAGAGAGUUGGAACUAAGGCUUUAUUACCAAAACUUAUGCAUAGAAUGACAAUGAUCAUGACCAGUCUGAUG